UGCUCUAGGCAUGACAUAAACAUAACCUAAAACCUUGAGUAAAAUGAUAAUAUUGAAUCUGAAUCUUCGUAUUGUCUACAUUCUACAGUUAAAACUUUUAAGUUUGCUUACAUAAAACAGUUAAUGUUAAGAAGAUUGGAUAUCGUUACAAACUUAAACAACUAUAAAUAAUUCAUCCACUUUAAAUCAGUAAUUAAAAUAAGUGAUAACUAUUGUUUGUGUAACUUUAGUCUACAGUCUACAGUGUUACUUUGUAUUUUUUCAUCGUAUAAAUGGCCAAUAAAAAAUAGAAAAUUUUAAUUGUGAAGUAUCUCUGCUAUUAUGUUUUGUAGAAGUUUUUUAUAUCUGGAUCGUGCAUUAGUAAUACUUCAACCCUCAGUGAAAUUUUGUUAUUCGGUAUCAGCAGCUACGAACUUUAAAUCGUUUUUAUUGCAUUCUCCAAAUAAUUUUAAUUGUGAGUGGGUAAGAAAACUUACUAAUUGUUCUACUAAUUAUCUGGUCAAGCGAAACUAUGCCCGAGGAAAAAGUAAUGCUGUGUCUAUAGACGAAAGAAAUUCAAAAGUUGACGACAGUGUUGUGGUUGAAAAGUUACAGAGAAUUCUGAGUUGUGGAGUUAAAAAAGCUCAAAAGUUUUUUGUUUCAAAUGAAAAAUUAUUUGACAAAAAUGUAAAUUCAAUAGAAGAUUUAGUUGAAAAAUGUAAGUAUUUUGAAAAAUUUGGAAUUACAAAAAAGUUUAUUCACAAUAAUCCCUGGAUUAUUCAGCUUUCCAGUGUAGAGAUCGAAAGGAAAAUUGAAUUAUUAAAAAAGUGGAAAUUCAAUAAUGUUUCUUCAAACUUGUGUUUGUUGAAACUGCCUACUAGAAAACUAUCAGAGCUUACACAUAAGACAUUGAGUGAAUCUAAUUUUUAUUCUUCUCUCAAAGACUCUAACCGAAUAACUUAUUUGGCAACAGUUUUAAAAAAAGAGGAGGAAGAAAUUAGUGAACUUACUAUCAAGUACAGUUACCUUCUGUCAAUGAGAUUCUCCAAACUUGAAAACACACUUGACGUUCUUUUAAAAAGUGGAUUAGACCCAAAAUAUAUUUGUAUGGAUAUAUGGGUAGUGAGAUAUUCAGUCAAUGAUAUUAAAACGCGUUUAAAAUUUUUGGAGUCAUUCGAGCCACAUGAAUUAAGAGCCUGGAUGUUUCAUUGUGGAAAUGAAACUUUUCAAAGAACAAUCAAGCUGAAGAACGAAAAUCGGAAUGCACGAGAGCCAUUUGCUGACGACGAAGCUUACCUCUGCCACAGACUGAACAUCGCGCCGGAAACGGUGGAAGACCUCUACCAACGGCACCCACCUCUGCGCUGCGUGCAGACAACAAAACUCAGGGCCAUCCUCGACUACCUCUUUGCAGAAGGCUUCCAGUCCAUCGACAUAUGCCGCUCUCCUCGAAUACUCUGCCAUAGUCUACUCACCAUUAAGGAGCGCAUAGAUCAUAUGAAGUCACUAGGAUAUCGGCCACAGAGCUUAGCAGUAUGCUGUCAGACAAAGAAGAAGUACAAAGUAUUUAUAAACAAACUUCAAGUCAAACAGUUUUCAAAUUUUCGAUAAGAAUGAAGGUAAAUUAGAACUAUCUGUGCUUUCCUUCAAAUCAAGAACAACCACUUCUUUCAAAUUGAAAAUAAAAAUGAAAAGAUUAUUGUUUCGUAGA